AUGUCGAUGUUCGGCGGCAUAGAUGGCGGCUUCGCCCGCUUCAUGCAAAAUGGCAUGGAUCCACGCUUUCCAAGGCCACCGCGAGCGUACGAUGAAUACUUCAAAGCAUACAGCAUGGCCAUGCUGCCGGGCAAGGAGCGUCUCAACGUCAGCUACGGAGGCAAGAUCAUCAUGCCUCCCUCGGCACUGGCGCAUCUCACCAACCUCGAGAUCGAAUCGCCGUGGUUCUUUGAGCUGCGUAGCGUAGGCGCAUCCGAGCCUCGACGCACGCAUGCCGGCGUGCUCGAGUUCAUCGCUGACGAGGGAAAUGUGCAUCUUCCCGCAUGGAUGAUGCGGACGCUGGGUCUUGCGGAAGGCGAUCCGAUCCGGCUCACUGGCGCCACGCUUCCUAAGGGCAGGAUGGUCAAAAUCCAGCCACAGACGGUCGACUUUCUCGAGAUCAGCGAUCCAAAAGCGGUGCUCGAGCAGGCGUUCCGCAACUUUUCGGCGCUUACGCCAGGCGAUAUCGUCGAGAUCAGCUAUAACUGUCUCACGUUCGAGAUCCUCAUCAUGGAGAUCACACCCAACGCGGAUGGCAUUUCGAUCAUCGAGACUGAUCUCGAGGUCGACUUUGCGCCCCCCAAAGGAUAUGUAGAGCCGACGCCGCAGCCACGUCCUCCACCCCCCACCAUGGCGUCCAAGCUCAACAUUGACAGUUCCCGCACAGACUCGAUCCCACCCACGCGCACAUCGACACCUGGCUCGCUCGCCGGAACAAGCGCUGCAGGCGGGUCUGGCGUGGCUACCCCCGCUGGACCGUUCCGUGGUUCGGGCCAAACCCUCAGCGGCAAGAAGAGUAAAGGGAAGAAGGAGCGUCAGAUCGAGCAGCUGGAUCCAUUCAGUAUAGUCCGACGUACCGAUUUGCCGCGCAUCGUCACCAAUGACACGCAACUCACAGAGAAAAAGAUCCCGGCCGCACUCAACUUGCCCUUUGGAAAACUUUUCUUUGGCUACGAAGUGAUUCCUGUCGGUGGCAAACCCGACGAUGCUGCCAAGGACAACCCCACAGAGACCUUUGCAGGCUCCGGAACCACCUUGUCUGGUCGUGCGCCGCGUCCCAAGCCGCAAGAGUCGCAGAGCAGCAGACCGACUAGCGAAGCGCCGACGAGGGCGACCGGUUUCACAUUGGGUGGAGGACGCGUGCUGGGCGAAAGCUCGCGAAGCAGUCGGUAUGCCACACCAUCGAGUUCGGACGCUCGCAGCCUCAACGACAGCAAAGAUAGCAAACGUGAUGUCAUCGAAAUUGAUUCUGAUUGA